AUGGAGACCAGUCAGGACUCCUCUCUGUUCCUGGUGAACAUUUUGGAGGAGCUGGACACCAAGCAAAACAGGGUCUCCUACCAGGAUCUUUGCAAAUCGUUAUGUGCCCGGUUUGAUUUGUCCCAGCUGGCCAAGUUACGGAGCGUGCUCUUCUACACUGCCUGCCUGGAUCCCAAUUUCCCUGCAACCUUGUUCAAAGACAAAAUGAGGUGCACUGUAAACAACCAGCAGUCAAAGAAGAUCAUGGUUGCGGCAGACAUUGUGACAAUAUUUAACCUCAUCCAGAUGAAUGGGGGUGUAGCCAAGGAAAAGCUUCCCGUGGGACGUGAGAAGGUGAGGAAGAAGGAGUCGCUGGAGUCCUGCCGAUCUGACACAGAAGUGUGCAGUAUGGUGGACUGUGUGAUCAACUGUGAAUUGCGAGAUGGGGACUUUAGCCAAGGGUACUCAAGCAGGAGGUCAUCCAAAUGCAGGAAGGGAGACGGCAAAGACUGUCCUCAGUUUGUUCCUGCUUCUGAGCCAAACUUUUUGCUUGGGGUCAGUAAAGAAAUGAAAGGUCGAGUGGCUUCUCUCGAUCGCUUGCAGGCGCUGGCAUCAUAUGCCAUCACCAGCUCCCCUCCGUGUGAAAUGCAGAGCACCUAUUUCCCCAUGAACAUCGACACUGAAUCGAUGUCGGACCAGGACUCCUUACCCAUUACUGCCAGCAUUAAGGAGACAUUCACUGCAACUGAGGAGCCCUUUGUGAUGCAGUCAUGUGUGCAGAAGCGCAACAUAUUCAAGGAAGACUUCCACAAUCUCAUCACCAUCUCACCCAACUUGAUCUCUCCCACUAGCAAAGCAGACGACGAGCUUGCCGAGCCCACAAACAGGAAGGAGACUCCCAAGCAAGCUUUCUUCAAUCACAGUUUCGAAAUGCCAUACAGCAGCCAAUACUUGAAUCCCAUUUAUUCCCCCUUACCGGAUAAAAGGCGGGUCAAGCAUGAAAGCUUAGACGAUCUCCAGGCUUCUACUUACUUUGGCCCAACAACCAUUCUUGGACCACAAGAUUCGAAACGAUGGUUAGGAAAGCCAAGCAAACAAACUCCAUGGCCAGUUAAGAGCUGGAGUUUGAAUACUGAAGAAGUACCUGAUUUUGAAAGAUCCUUUUUUAACAGGAAACAGUCAGAAGAGAAGCCUCGAUACCAGGGUUCAAACAGCCAGCCUUCCAAUUUCCCAGCUGCUGAGAGGCUUCAACCUUAUCACAACCCAAAGGAUCAGCAACCGAUGAUGCAGUCCAGCUAUGCUGUGAAACCGAAUGGGCACAAACCCAAAGAUAUCCCCUCCAUUUUAGAAGUAGAAAAGCACGAGCCCAUCAAAAAAUUUAAAGACAAAAGUAUCAACUGCACUUCUGUUCAGCUUCUAAGUAUGGAGAAAACCAACAAUGUUGGGACACAGACGGACCAACAGGGGUUGGAGCACAAAAAGGGCAAAGAGGUGGGUCACUCAAACCAGAAUAAAUAUGGUGAGCGGCAUUCUCUUAAGCAAUCAGAUGAUGACUCUGAAAUUGUAAGCGAUGAUAUCAGUGAUAUAUUCAGGUUUCUGGAUGACACGAGUAUCUGUGGAUCUACAGGAGUAAUGCAAUCCUCUUGCUACAACAGCACUGGGUCACUUUCUCAGAUACAUAAAUCAGACUGUGAAAGUUCCCCUGAGCACCACCUGGCAAAAAUUUCCAAUGAGAACACCAGUAACAAACUUGACAAAGCGUCUCGCUUGGAGAUCAGCAGCACGGAUGAUGAACUGAAAACCAGUGUCUGCAAACUAGUCCUAAGGAUUGGAGAAAUUGAGAAGAAACUAGAGUCCCUUUCGAGUGUCAGGGAGGAAAUAUCCCAGGUACUGGGAAAGCUAAAUAAGCUGGAUCAAAAGAUUCAGCAGCCAGAGAAAGUGAGUGUCCAGCUAGAUCUUAAUUCCUUAACAAGUGAGGUUCAAUCAGAAGAAAGCACCUCCCCUAGGCUCUUUUCAUGCCACAAUUCUUCACACGGUGGCAAACUGGAGAAUAAUCCAGACUGGUGCUGUUCAGAUGCCAGUGGCAGUAACAGUGAAAGCCUUCGGGUCAAAGCCUUAAAAAAAAGCUUAUUCACGAGGAGGUCUUCGAGGUCAUUGACAGAGGAGAAUAGUGCCACAGAAUCCAAGAUAGCGAGCAUUUCUAACUCUCCCAGAGACUGGCGAGCGGUCACGUACACCAACCAAGCUGGCAUCACAGAGGAAGAGAUGAAAGACCGAGGUGGGGGUGAAAACAAAGAAUGGCACAGAAAAUCCAAAGAGGCAGACAGGCAAUACGAAAUUCCACAGCCGCACAGACACUCCAAGCCAUCCAAAGACACUUUCUUGAUUGAGCAAGUCUUUAGUCCCCAUCCUUAUCCCGCAUCGCUCAAGUCACACAUGAAGACCAACCCUCUCUACACAGACAUGCGACUGACGGAACUGGCAGAAGUGAAGCGGGUGCAACCAUCCUGGACCAUUGAGGAGUACACCAGGAACUCGGGCGAGAAAGGGAAGCUGGCCUCCUUGGAUCUUCAGACCCAAGAAUCUUUAAAUCCAAACAAUUUAGAAUACUGGAUGGAGGACAUAUAUACACCAGGCUACGAUUCGUUACUGAAGCGCAAAGAAGCUGAAUUCAGAAGAGCCAAAGUUUGCAAAAUAACCGCAUUGAUUGCUGCAGCUGCCUGUACAGUAAUCCUGGUCAUUGUUGUUCCCAUAUGUACUAUGAAAUCAUGA